AAUGCGUUUGGACCUAGCCCAGGAGUUCACCCAAAAAGUGGAGAUCACCCAAUUUCUUCAAUGCCUUCCCACACAGCCCCAAGACUCCAUCUUCAACAGAGUGAGAGGGUGUGACCAGCGAUGUCCUCUCUGCAGAGCCCCCUGUGACUUAGCAGAGAUAGGGCAUGAGGUUCACCAGGCAAUGUUCCACAGGCCCAAAGGCAUUUUGCGCUAUGACCCAGUUUCUCUGUCCUGCAUCGGCUGCCCCGAAAGCACGACUGAAGACCAGAGCGAAGACACGUACAACAUGUCCGUGGCAUGCAGUAGCCUCCACUCCCUCUACCCAGACUGGAGCAUCUCCCCUGAGGACCCAAACAGCCAGUUGCCCAAUACUUACUGGAGGUAUGUGUUGGCAAGAUUCAAUGAGAUGUUCGCAAACGCAUAUGACCAGGAGCCAGGAGAGAUUCCUGAGGAGUGGAAGAAAAUCACUGCGGAGGAUGCACUGUGCAGUCUGAAGGAGGCCUUCCUCACUGGACAGUGCUGAUAAAAGGACUGCGUUGUGCUGUAUGCUAGCUUUAUCAGAAAUGAGACAAUUUACUAAUAAAGUUCAGG